AUGAGUAACACCAAUAAAUAUGUACAAGUAGCGGGAAGCAGCCAAGGAAUAACCAGCAGUGACAAAGUGGUUCAAGAUAUUUUAAACACUUUUACCGAUCUCAGACACUAUUCCCGAGAAAUAGAGAACGAAUUAAAAACCACCGAAAAUCAGUCUAUUAAAGUUUACAUAAAAGAAAGCGAAAAUAUAAGCAGUCUUCACUCACAAAUUACGGCCUGCGAUACGAUAUUAGAACGUAUGGAAAACAUGUUACUUUCAUUUCAAAACGAUCUAGGUAGUAUAAGUAGCGAAAUUUUAACUUUACAGCGUAAGUCAAUAUCUAUGAGCCAAGAAUUGACUAACAGACAGGCAAUUAGGGGCCAGUUAAGUCAGUUUAUUGACGAUAUAUCGGUCCCUGAGACAUUGAUUGUUGCAAUAAUGGAUUUACCUGUUAGCGAUAAAGAGUUUUUAGCACAGCUUCAAAUUCUCAAUCACAAAAUCGGUUUUAUCAAGGAACAGAGCUUUCGUGACACUAAAUCCUGCCACGACGUGAAAGACGUGCUCGAAAAACUAAAAAUAAAGGCCAUGUCAAAAAUUAGAACGUUUCUAUUAGAGCAGAUAUCCAAGUUUAGAAAACCAAUGACGAAUUAUCAAAUUCCACAAAAUGCUUUAUUAAAAAAUAAAUGUCACUAUGAGUUUCUUUUGAUGAACGAAAGGAAUACAGCUGAAGAAAUUUCUAACGAAUAUAUUGACACAAUGAGUAAAAUAUAUUAUUCCUACUUCAAAUCUUACGAGGGUCGAAUAAUGAAGCUUUUAUAUGACGAGAGUACAACCAAGGAUGAUUUGAUGGGUAUAGAAGAUACAGCUACGAGAAGUCUUUUUAAUAAAAGUCUUAAACACAAAGCUACAAUAUUUACUAUAGGGAAUAGAGGAGAUGUGCUAGCACAACAAUUAGAGGCACCGAUAAUUGUACCACAUGCAGAAACAAAAAACAAAUAUCCUUAUGAAGCGAUAUUUAGAAGUGUCCAAUAUGCUUUAGUCGACAAUGCUUGUAGAGAAUAUUUAUUUGCUAGUGAAUAUUUUAUGGUUCAAAGUCAGUUAGCGCUGCAGUUAUUCAAUAAAAUAAUGGGAAAAACUUUAACUUUGUUACAGAAAAACAUUGAACAACAUAUAUCAACUUGUUACGAUUCCAUAGCCAUUUUCUUAUGCUUUCAUUUGAUACUGCGCUAUAAGAUUAUGUGUCAUAAAAGGUGCGUUCCUGCUUUGGAUGAUUAUUGGGAAAAUUUGGAAAAAUGUCUAUUGCCCAGAUUUGAAUAUAUUGUAAAGUUAAAUGUUAAUAGUAUUAGAGACUGUGAUGUUACUAAGUUUAAUUUAGAGAAAGGACCGCAUUAUAUCGCCCGAAGAUAUGCGGAAUUCAGUGCCGCACUAGUCAGUAUAAGCGAAAAUUUCCCGAACGAACUUAUAAACAGUCUCCUAGCCGAACUCCAAGAAGAAGUGGAAAUGUUUAUAUUUCGCAUGGCCGGUGUAUUUACCGAGCGAAAAGACCAGCUAAUUUUCCUUAUUAACAACUACGACAUGAUCUUAAAUAUAAUAAUGGAACGAACGAGGGAUAACUGUAAAGAAGCGGAAACGUUUAAAUCGCGAUUAGCCGCAAAAAGUGGCGAAUACGCCGAACAGAUCCUGUUCCCGCAUUUCGGAGAAAUGAUCCAGUAUGUUAAGGAGUGCGAACACUAUUUCGAACACUCGAAAUUGAAGGAACUGAAAGAGAUGGAGGGUAAAUCUUCAGAAAUUGUGCAGAAUUUCUCGCAGAACUGGAAAAAAUCGUUGGAAGACUUGAAUAGGGAGGUGCUGUUGUCGUUUCCUAAUCUCGUUACAGGAGCUAGGCUGUUGCAAUUGGCUUUAACUCAACUGGUCCAAUAUUAUCACCGAUUCCAUAAGUUAUUGGCGCCCAACGUUCGAUCGCAGCUUGUUAACAUACAUCAUAUAAUGGUCGAGAUGAAAAAAUACAAAACCAAUUUUUAAAUGUUGAUCGGAUUAUAUUUUGUUCUAUUUAUUUUGUUUCAAUAAAAACAGUACCUUACAGAAUG